UAAAGCUUGCCAUUGUCUGAUUCCAGGAAUAGAGCAUGGCUCAAGUGAAAAUACAGACCUCAGCACCCCUGGCUGGUCCUGGCCUCUCUGGAGUUUCUCCAGUGGCCAUGUCCAGCCCAGGAUCCAUGAGUCUGCAGCCAUCCGUCAAUGGCACAGGCCCGGCCCCUGCACCCUGCUGCCCUGCUCCUUCAGUCGGAUAUGGGGACGCCCCUGUAUCUUCAUCACCACCAGGCCCGCCCCAGGAGAACAUGGCAAACCCUAAAGAGAAAACUCCGAUGUGUUUGGUGAAUGAGUUAGCCCGUUUUAAUAGGAUCCAACCACAGUACAAGCUCCUCAGUGAGAGAGGCCCUGCACAUGCUAAGAUCUUCACAGUGCAGCUGACUCUAGGGGAGCAGGUGUGGGAGGCAGAAGGCACCAGUAUUAAGAAGGCACAACACUCCACAGCUUCCAAAGCACUGGCUGAGAGUGUCCUUCCCAGGCCAGCACCCCGCUCCCCCAAAGUGGACAUCAACAGCAACCCAGGCAGCAUAACACCUACAGUGGAGCUGAAUGGUCUUGCCAUGAAGAGGGGGGAGCCAGCUAUCUACAGACCUUUGGAUCCAAAGCCCAUGCCCAACUACAGAGCCAACUAUAACUUCAGAGGGAUUUUCAACCAAAGGUACCAUUAUCCUGUCCCUAAGAUCUUCUAUGUGCAGCUGUCUGUGGGGAGUCACGAGUUUAUUGGUGAAGGACGUACACGCCAAGCAGCCAGGCACAAUGCUGCUAUGAAGGCCCUGCAGGCCCUACGCAAUGAGCCCAUCCCUGAACGGCCACCACAGAAUCCAGAAGAAAAAGGGGAGAGUGAUGGAGGCACUGAUGCUAGUAAAUCUGAGAUCAGUCUGGUCUAUGAAAUUGCCUUGAAGAGGAACUUAUCUGUCAGCUUUGAGGUAUUGAAAGAAAGUGGUCCGCCUCACAUGAAAAGCUUUCUGACCCGUGUCACAGUGGGAGAAUUCUCUGCUGAAGGUGAAGGUAACAGCAAGAAGCUGUCCAAGAAGCGUGCAGCUCUCUCCAUCCUGCAAGACCUGAAAAAGCUGCCAUGUAUCCCUACUGUAGAGAAGCCCAAGACACACUACAAAAAACGUACCAAGACCAUUCAGAAGACAGGACCAGACUAUGGUCAGGGCAUGAACCCCAUUAGCCGCCUGGCCCAGAUCCAGCAGGCCAAGAAGGAGAAGGAGCCAGAGUAUUUGCUGCUUUCUGAAAGAGGAAUGCCCAGACGUCGGGAGUUCAUCAUGCAGGUGAAGGUGAACAAUGAAGUUGCCACAGGAACAGGACCCAAUAAGAAAGUCGCCAAGCGGAAUGCAGCUGAAGCGAUGCUACUGCAGCUGGGGUACAAAGCCUCCACGGUUCCUCAGAAUCCCACUGAGAUGGACAACAAAGGCUGGAAUGGACAAAAGGCGCCUUUUACUGAAGCAACAACUAACACCCAGAAAGGUCUCCUCCAUCUCAGCCCAGACAUCUAUCAGGAGAUGGAGGCUAGCAGGAAGCAAGGGAGUGGUGCCACAGGCCCCGGUGGCAGCAGCUCCACGAGCUACAUGACAUCCAAAGACAUGGGGCCAUGUGCUGCACCGCUGCCCUCAGGACACCCUCCUUAUUAUGGUGGAUCUGCCCCCUCACCCAGCCCAACUGCUACUAUGGCUAGGGAGCUACUGCUUAAUGGUCAGUCACCAACAGUCGACGCCUCCCUGCCCAUGAAGGGGAAGACUUCCACCCUGGCCUGCGGCGUCUCAGUGCAGCCCGCACAGCAGCUGGACUACCUGGCUCACAUCCAGGGCUUUCAGGUGCAGUACAGUGACGCACAGACUGGUAAAGAUUUUGUGACCUAUCUGACUCUCUCCCCUGUGCAAAUGACUUUCCAUGGCACUGGAAGCACCCUCCAAGCUAGCCACGACCAGGCUGCUCUAAGUGCCUUGAAACAGCUGUCGGAACAGGGAUUGGACCCAGUGGAUGGCCCCGUCAAGGUACAAAGAGGAGCAGCUGAUCAAGCGAAGCAUGUGGGAGAGAGGACGGACAUUAAACAGACUAACUCAGGCACCACCACUCAGGUCUGCCAGGAUUCAAAGGCUGUCGUCUAGGAGCUGACCACCCCAAACCCACUUUAAGGAAAAAAUAGAAAUCUUCCAUGAUCUACAACCCACAGUGCCCCCCCCCAAAAAAAACCCAUGCCACGAUUGCCACUGUAUCCUGCAAAACCUGUCAACAUGCAAUAGGGUGGAUGUGCACCGAGAAAUGACCGACUAAAACGCCAUUACACAAGUCUAUGUGAAGACAACGCUAUGUUAACGCAUUUAUUGAUGAGUUCAGUAAAAAAACAAAACAAAACAAAAAAAAAAUCAGAGGAUUACAAAAAAAGACAUAACUGCAUGGUACUGUAUGAAAUCACAGGGAGUCCAAAGUGAUACACCACUUUGACAAUUUUCCCUUUGGAUAAAUAUCUGUUGGUAUGGUUAAAAAUAAAUAUGUACGUCAUGCCAUUGAAACACAAAAUAAGCAUUUUAGGGGACAAACCAACUUGCGUACAGUAGCUUAUAUUUCGGGGGUAUUAUGUUUCCGUUUUAUUUUUUUCUUUUGUCGUUUUAUUAAUCAAUUAACAAUGCUUGAGUACUGUAUUUAAAAUUAACCAAUGCCAGUGCUGUGAAAGUUGUAGUUGUUGUCUUCAUAUAUAGUCACCCAGCUUACCUUGUAUGCUGACAUAAAAAGAGUUCAUCUAUCUAUAUGGAUGUGUAUGACUUGCAAGAUCAUAUUUUGAAUAAUAACACAAAUGUUUGUUCUCCCCCCCCCCCAUGUGGACAGAACGGACAACAUUGGUGUUAGCAGUAAUCGUUGUACGAGUGAAGGUUAGACCAACCUUCUUCACAGGUCCACCUGUCCCAUUUUUAAAUUGACCCUCACCCACACUGGCAUAGUAUCACUGGAGCAUCACCUGAGAAGAGGCAACGUUGUACUCUUUAUCAGAGGAUAGACAGUAAGCCAAUUACAUUUGACAGUGGUUAGUUUUUGCACACACAUGCCAGUAAAGUCUGGCGAACCCUCCAAAAGAUUUAGUAUGGGCAUUAAUGCCAGCUCCUUGGGAAGUCUCCAUUCCAGUGAUUUUGUGUCAGUGGAUCACUCUCUCUCUUUCACCCCACAGUUUUGUCGAUCACAUCUACACCCAUUGUGUUGUAUUGACCCACCAAGGCAUCAACUGGGUGCUUUUAAAGCCUGCAUUCAGGACUGGCUUCUUUUGUGUGCAGAGAGCCUGCGUUUGAUUCUCAGGCUCCCUCCCCCAAAAGCUGUGCUGAAUAACGUGUUCACUGACACUGAGGAUGUCUUCUUCGCUGUGAGUGUAAUGUGUAAUAAAGCAGUUUGUCUUACUGAAAUGCAGUAAAAACACCUCAGUUCAUGUGGAAA